UCCAAAAUACAAUUAUCUUCUUUAAUCUCUCUCUUUCUACUCAUCUGUUGAGUGUUGACUUGUCAGUCUUCACGUAAUAUGUCCCUGCUUCUGUUACUUCAGCUCUAGCUUAGCUUGAUUCCUGAAACCCAGAUUUGCUUGCAGAAGUAUAAACAUGUCGAAUCUGGACAAGUCUCUCGACGAUCUCAUAAAUAUGAGUAAAAAAUCUGAAGGAGGCCGAGCACGAAACUCCGUCGGUCCUGGUCCAUCUCGCCGUCACCAUAAUCUCACCUCAAACCGCGCUGCUCCAUACUCCAUUAGACAGGUUGUAGCCCCAGACACGUCGAAUCUGCAGCAACACGAUAUGUUUGCCGGCCGUGUAUCUUCAAUAGAGACCGGCACGAAGCUCUUAAUAUCUAACCUGGAUUAUGGAGUCACUGACGAGGAUAUCAAAGAACUUUUUGGUGUGGUUGGUGAAGUGAAAGGGUAUUCAAUAGAUUAUGAUAAAAGUGGAAGAUCAAAGGGAACUGGUGAAGUAGUAUUCUCACGACGAAGAGAUGCUGAAGAAGCAGUGAAGAGAUACAAUGAUGUUCAACUUGAUGGAAAGCAUAUGAAAAUUGAGAUUGUACUAGGAACAAAUCUUCCUGCUGCCAUGCUCUUCCAUGGAAACCAUCAAAGUACAACUGCACCAACAAGGAAUCAUGUAAGACCAAUUGACACGAGAAGGCAUCAGAAUGGUGUUGGAAGAUCUAUGAGAGGUCGAGAAGGAGGACGAGGACGGGGAAGAGGUAAUCGUAAGGAGAAGAUGUCAGCUGAAGAACUGGAUGCUGACUUGGACAAUUAUUAUGAGAAAGCAGCAGCCCAAGAAAUACUACUUGAAGAAGACUAUAAUAAUAUUAAUAAUUAAACUAACUUGAUUUCUCAACGAGGUGAGAGUUCAACCAUUGGGUCCAUUGGUGCUUGACAAGGUAUAUUGUUGUUUGCAAAUAGUUUCAAAAGUUUGGAUUAUGUUUAUGACUGGAAAUUUGUGCUUAUAUUGUUGUUAUUGAUUAUCAUUUGGAUAAUGAUUUAGAGAAGACCAAUUUAUAUUUCAUUCAAUUUUUAUC